CAAGCACUACAAUUCAGCUCUCAUCCACCCUCCUCCCUCUUGAAUAUCAUGGCCAUCGCCGUGCUCGAUGCCCUCGACAACGCUCGGACACAAUGGUACCAUAUUACCGCCAUAGUCAUUGCCGGGAUGGGCUUCUUCACCGACGCCUAUGAUCUUUUCUGCAUCUCAACCGUGUCGAAGCUUCUCGGUCGACUUUACUACUUCGAUCCAGAUAGUUCGAAGCCGGGAAAACUUCCGAACGCAGUCAACAAUGCUGUCGUUGGAGUUGCCCUGGUUGGAACCCUGAUGGGGCAACUUUUCUUUGGGUGGUUGGGUGACAAACUUGGGAGGAAGAAAGUCUAUGGUGUUACCCUUAUUCUUAUGGCCUUUUGUGCCAUUUGCUCAGGGUUGUCCUUUGGAUCAACAUCAAAAUCAGUGAUUGGUACCCUUUGCUUCUUUAGAUUUUGGCUUGGAUUUGGCAUUGGUGGCGACUAUCCCCUUUCAGCCACCAUCAUGUCUGAAUAUGCUAACAAAAAAACUCGAGGGGCUUUCAUUGCAGCCGUCUUCGCCAUGCAGGGUGUGGGGCUGAUAUUCGCAGGGCUUGUGUCAAUGAUUCUAUCAAAAAUCUUCGUGUCCCUUCACGACGCUCCUUCCUACAAAAGCAACCAUGUAUUUUCCACACAGCCUCAAGGGGACUUCCUAUGGCGGAUUGUGUUAAUGCUUGGUGCUUUGCCAGCCAUCUUAACAUACUAUUGGCGAAUGAAGAUGCCUGAGACAGGGCGCUACACCGCCCUUAUUGAAGGCAAUGCCAAGCAAGCGGCUGCAGACAUGGGGAAGGUGUUAGAGAUCACAAUUCAAGCCGAACAAGACAAGCUUUCUAAUUUCAAAUCCGCCAAUGAAUAUGGAUUGGUGUCUAAGGAGUUCUUUCACCGCCAUGGGCUCCAUUUGAUAGGCACCACCACCACAUGGUUCUUGUUGGACAUUGCGUUUUAUAGCAAUAACCUUACACAAAAGGACAUCUUCCCAGCAAUGAAUUUGACAAAGAAACCAGAAGAAGUUAGCGCAUUGGAAGAGGUUUAUGAAACAUCAAAGGCUAUGUUUCUUGUUGCAUUACUUGGCACAUUCCCUGGAUAUUGGUUCACUGUGUUCCUGAUUGAGAAGCUUGGAAGGUUCAAAAUUCAAUUGAUUGGAUUCUUCAUGAUGUCCAUUUUCAUGGCGGUCCUCGGCAUUCGCUACAAUUAUUUGAAGAAUCAUCCCGCCGAGUUCGCCCUCCUUUAUGGCUUGACGUUCUUCUUUGCCAACUUUGGUCCCAAUAGUACCACCUUUGUCCUCCCGGCCGAGCUCUUCCCAACACGGGUUCGGUCGACGUGCCAUGCGCUAAGUGCAGCGUCGGGGAAGGCCGGUGCCAUCGUUGGAGCUUUCGGGGUGCAAAACUAUACGUUAGAUGGUAACCCUAGCAAGAUUCAAAAGGCCAUGAUUUUCUUAGCCUUCACCAACAUGCUAGGGUUUGUGUUUACAUUCUUGGUGACCGAGACGAAAGGCCGAUCAUUAGAGGAGAUCUCCGGCGAGGACGGGGGCGCCGGUGAGCCAGAAACUCAAAUGCCAGUGAGAUCAAUGGGAAAGCCAGGAGCUCAAAUGGAAGAAGAAAAUUGA